CGCGAAGUGUCGCGCGUGGCACCAGCCAACAGCUUCCAUUUGGCGUGAAGUUGAGGUUGAUGCUGGACGCUGGAAACUUCUCUUACUUCUGAGGCAACUGGAGGGGAAACUUCAUUAGGAUUUGCUGGGACCUGUUCGUUUCAAAAAUCCGAGCUGUAUGAGUCACUCUUAGUCGAUCAGACAUCAUGUCGACCAGUGCGGAAACUAUUCGCAUCCUCGUCUCAACUGACAACCAUGUUGGGUACAACGAGCGGGAUCCUAUUCGUGGAGAUGACAGUUGGAAGAGCUUCCACGAGGUCAUGUGUCUGGCCAGGGAACGCGAUGUCGACAUGGUCUUGCUCGCUGGAGAUCUCUUCCAUGAGAACAAACCCUCUCGUAAAUCCAUGUACCAGGUGAUGCGCUCGAUCCGGAUGAACUGUUUCGGCGACAAGCCAUGUGAGCUAGAGAUGCUCAGCGAUGCCAGCGAGACCUUUCAAGGUGCAUUCAACCAUGUCAACUAUGAGGACCUUGACAUGAAUAUUGCCAUCCCGAUUUUCUCCAUCCAUGGAAACCACGAUGACCCCUCCGGGGAAGGUCAUCUGGCAGCGUUGGAUCUCUUGCAGGUCUCGGGCUUACUCAACUACUAUGGGCGAACUCCAGAGUCAGACAACAUUGAGAUUAAACCUGUCCUACUGCAAAAGGGUCGUACCAAAUUGGCUCUCUACGGUAUGAGCAAUGUACGUGAUGAGCGCUUGUUCCGCACGUUUCGGGACGGCAAGGUCAAAUUCUUCCAACCGUCUGUGCAAAAGAGCGACUGGUUUAAUUUGAUGUCGGUUCAUCAGAAUCACCAUGCAUACACCGAGACUGGCUAUUUGCCAGAGAACUUUCUACCCGAAUUCAUGGACUUAGUCGUCUGGGGUCACGAACACGAGUGUCUAAUCAACCCAAAGCUCAAUCCAGAGACCAAGUUUCACGUCAUGCAGCCCGGGUCUUCGGUUGCGACCUCACUAGUCCCCGGUGAGGCUGUGACAAAACAAGUGGCCAUAGUAAGUAUCACUGGCCGCGAAUUCAAGUGUGAGCCCAUUCGGUUGAAAUCAGUCCGUCCUUUCGUCAUGCGAGAAAUCGUUUUGUCGGAAGAGAAGGGUGCACAAAAGUUUGCCCGGAAGGAGGGCAAUCGGACAGAAGUGACCCGGUUCCUCAUGUCCAUCGUUGAGGAAUUGAUCGAAGAGGCCAAUGCAGAAUGGCGUGAGACUCAUGGCGCACAGAACCAGGAUGAUGAUGAAGAUGACGAUGAAGAGCCUCGCGAACCGCCUCUGCCCUUGGUCCGGCUUCGCGUUGAGAUAUCUACACCGGAGGGUGGGACUUUUGAAUGCGAGAACCCGCAGAGAUUUUCAAAUCGAUUUGUGGGCAAGGUUGCAAAUGUCAAUGAUGUGGUGCAGUUCCAUCGAAAAAAGAAGAGCGCUUCUUCUCGAAAGGCUGAUGCAGCAGUCGAUGAAGCUGCAGAUUCGCACUUAGCCGCUUUGGAUACUGUGAAGGUGGAACAGCUAGUGCGGGAAUACCUCGCAUCGCAAUCCCUCAGCAUCCUCCCGCAGAACUCCUUUGGCGAUGCCGUGGCUCAAUUCAUUGACAAAGACGAUAAGCAUGCAAUGGAAAUGUUUGUCAAUGACUCCCUCGAGGGUCAAGUCAAGCACCUCAUGAACCUAGACCGAGAUGAAGACGACGUGGAUGACGAAGAACGGGCCCAUAGCUCUCUUGUCAAUGCCAUGGAGAAGUACCGCUCACAGAUGGAAGACAUGUUCAACAAGGGAGUGAAGAAACGCACUCGCGGGAAGAAACGAUUCAAGCCAAAGCCAGACGGUUGGGAUACCGAGUUUGAUGGUGAAUGGGAGGAUCAACCCGGUGCUCUUAUUCAUUCCGAUAACGAGGGUGGAGAUCCUGUCGAAGAAGAGGCUGGGGAAGAUGGCUCGGCACCUGCACGCAGAGUUACCACCAAUACUACCACGGUAUCUACACGAGGCCGGGGUCGAGGGAGGGGAGGUCGCGGAGGUGCUGCUACUUCUCGAGCCACAGCGACCAAGACUACCACAUCAACUAAUGGUCGCAAGAAGAAGGCCAUCUCAGACGAUGAAUCGGAGGAUGUCAUCAUGCUAGAUGAUAAUGACGAUGACGAGGUGGAUGCCAACAUCAUAUCUGAGGAAGACGAUGACUCGCAGGCCUUGUUUGUGAAGCAACCUCGUGCCGCAACUGCUUCAAGAGGACGCAAAUCUACUACCACGUCAACUCGGGGUCGUGGGCGUCGUGCGGCCGCUUCGCCAGCCCCAUCAUCGGCUACUGUGGGCGGUACUGCUACACACCAAGCCACAACUCGAGGUGCCAAACCAACUCAAACAACCCUGGACUUUACUGCUUCUCAGGCUAGUUCAGCGCGUUCAACACGGGCCACUCGCACAACUCGCAACGUCAGUGUCAUUAGUGAUGGAAUUGACGAUGAUGAUGACGACGACGACGCCUUUGAGCCAAUGAGUACUUCUACCUCACGUCGGCGACGGUGAUCUUUAUUCAGCGGCGACAUGUCCUUCUACUUGCAUUCAGGGUGUUCUUGGAGCGCAACAUUUUCUUGAUUCUCAAAAUUCCAGAGCAAACUAGCACAAGUAUUACAUCUAUGCUUAACGAAUCCAUAUUACUUUUGUAUCA